AUGCUGCAGUCCAACGCUGCGCCGGUCGGCGGGUCGGGACUCACGCCGCCCCCCUCGCCGGCCACGCAGUCCGGGCUGGAGGCAGCGGUGGCGCCCACCACCGACAGCCUGCCCACCCCGUCGACGGUGUUGCCGCAGCACCGGCGGUGCGAGGCGUGUGCCACGUCGCUCCUUCGGUCGACCGCCCUCCUGGUGACCCCCUGUGGGCAUGUGGUGUGCGAGCGGUGCCGCGACCACACCUUCGCCGCGCCCAACGCCCCGGCCCGGUGCCACUGCGGGCUGUCCCUGCGCGGGGCCGACGACUUCCGGCCCCCUCGGUGGGAGUGGAUGGGCAUCGAGCGGGACCUCUGGGCGCGGGAGACCCUGGCCGCGCACAUCCGCACCCGCGAGUCUUUCGACCCGCUGCCGGAGUUCGCGUCUGUCAUCUCGCCGGACGAGUGCGACCGGGCCUACGACGAUUACCUGGAGAAUGUGGAGGAAAUCUUCAUCCGCCUCGCCCAGCGUCAGAACGUCGACCAGCAGCUGUUUCUCUUUGCCUGCGCCACGCUGGCCCCCCCGCCCGGAUGUAGCCUGCCCCUGGGCGGCAAGGCGCAGGAUGGCCCGGCCGCCGCCACGGCCGCCGAGCGCCGGAGGCGGGCCCGACAGGCCGGCGUCGCGGCCGCCCUGUCACUCCCCCAGUUCGAGUGGCGCCGGGCUUUGCCGGAUCCCUUCACGGCGGACCCCGCCGCGGCCGGCCUUCCCCGGUCGGAAUCGGCCUCGAGCAGUGUCUCCGCCUCUCAGAGCAUGAGCCUGCUCGGCGGGCGGGGGAAUCGCUCCCGCCAUGUGGCUGGCUCGAAUUUGCGUGAGUGGCGUGCUCGCGAGGGGGACGCCACCUGGACCCCUUUCGAAGCCAUUCGCGCGUUGGCCAUCCAGCUGGAGGCCCGCGCGCGCGCCAACGCCCAGAAUCUUUCAAAGAGCCGCGCCGCGUCGCAGGCCGCCGCCGAUCAGGCCGCCGCCGCCGCGGCCAAUGUCCCCUUCGACCCGAUGGAGGGAUGUUACUACACGGAUGCCAACCGUGCUCUCUCGCUGCUCGCUCUUCAAAAUAUCAAUGUCCCACCGCCUCCGGGUCCGGACGGCAAGCCCGGGCCUCCGGCGGAGCCCUUCGCCUGGACUCAGGGGCUGUGGCUCCAGGAAAAGUCCCAAACAACCGACGACAUGCGCCAGAUCGCCACCGAGCAGGCUGGCGGCUUCGUACGCGGGUCCAUCUGGCCGGUGCCGGUCUUCCCCCAGCCGGUGGAUGCCAAGGUCUUUUUCAGCGGGAGUGGCGCUCUUGGCGGGGCGCACGCCUGUGUGAUCAACGCCCGCCGGUCGCAGCAUUACACCCCAACGCAGUGA